ACAAAUGAUGCAUUGGAUUCAAAUAAAGGAAGUUAUACUGAGAAACAAGUGUCGAGCAGUUCCACAUCGAGUGCAACAGUAAAGAACACUGUCCAUGUUCAACAUGCUCAUUCUUACCAAACCAGUGUCGUUCAAACUACAGUUUUUCCUCGAACCUCAUCAGAGGUAAGAUCGUUGGUUUUGGUAGUUUUCAAAAUGACUAGACUGGCAGAUAAAUGCGUUUGUGUGGUUGCCAUCAUAAGGAAUAUUACUUUGAUCAGAACAAGUUUGACAGUUGCUUGAGUGCACUAUAUAUACAGUAUACCAAUAAUUUCACAAAAAUUAUAGAAGAUAAAAACAUAAAGUUACAUUGAAAUUAUGAACAAAACUCGGUUUAUAGUAUCCCUGGAGAAUCACUGCGACUGAAUAUGCCGGCAAAAACAAUGCCUGCAUAGUGCCCUGUAUAGUUGAAACGACAAAUGCACCAACACGUAAGACUAGAUUUUAGAUUGGUUGGUUGCAUAAUUUCUCACACAAUUGAAAAUGCUUACAUACAGCAGCUUCCAAGAAAUAAGUGUUACAAUUAUAACAAAUAUACUUUUCAGCAAUCCAGGUUACGGAUUUUAACACGUGCUCCUGCUGUUCAAAGUAUGUCCUCGACUCCAUCAGAAGAAUCUAAUGAGGUAGGUAUAAUGAGUUUCUUCAGUUGUAAAGAGUCGUCGCGGGCAUUCAUUGCCCCGAUUUCUACUGGAGACAUUCGUCAACCUAUAUCGUUCGUCUGGAUAAUCUCCUUUGGGGGCAGACCAUUACAAAAGUGAUGGGGGGGGAGCAAAAACAAUUCGUGCAAAGAAGAAAACAAAAAAACAAAGAAAAUUUCCUUUUAAAAAUUCGCAAAAAAAGCCAUUUUUCCGAAGAAAAAAAAUCCAAAAAUCAUCUUCCUCCUCCCCCAAUGGUCCGCCCCUUAGCAAAGCAAAUGACGAUUGUCCAAACGAACCAGCGAUAGAAUAAUAAUAAUAAUUUAUUCAUUUGAAUAAAGCGCAUAUGUUAUGUUAUAUACUCGAAGCGCUGUACAUUAUAAAAAUCUAAAUAUAUUAAGAAUUAAAUAUGCUAUAUAAAACAUGGUAUUGUAUACAAUUAGAAUAUACACUAAUGUAUGUAUCUAUAAUAAGAAUGAAGAAUCCAAUAUGGUCUCAACCUAUAAAGGGUUAUAAGCCUUAUUGAAAAUAAAUGUUUUCAAGCGUUUCUUAAACACAGAAAGGUUUUCACAGUUCCUGACAUCCAGAGGCAGAGAAUUCCAUAAUUGUGGAGCAGCAUGUGCGAAAGCCCGAUCUCCUAGAGUCUUACAGUUUGUUUUCGGGAUGUAUAAUAGACCUUGACCAUCCGAUCGUAAUGUCCAGCGGUCACUUGAUUGUUUUGGUAUAAGCAUUUCAGAGAUAUAGAUAGGGGCAAUGUUAUUAAGAGCCUUGUAAACCAGAAUACAUUGAUCUGUUUAUUGGCAAUGAUCUCAGGAACAAAUCAUGCUGGAUACUUUUCUACUGAGUUUUUAAUGUUGAUAAUACCGUAUUCAUACACGUCACAUGUCAAGAACGAACCACACGCCCAAAUUGGUCGUAAACAAACUAUGACUGGUGAUUUUCAAUGGAUCCGUCUGUUUACAGUACCUCGUUUACGACAAUCUUUUCUUUGCCCAUGUUCGUCCAGUCGGAUCAUCUGUAAACCAUUCCGGGACAAAUAUCAGAAAUUCAGGACAGCUGAGGAUUGAGAGGGAUACAACUACCUGGAAAAUAUAAGCAGAACGUCGACGUUUCGAGCGAAGGCCUUUCGCUACUAACGAGGGCUACGAACUUCUCAACGAAGGCCUUUCGCUACUAACGAGGGCUACGAACUUCUCAACGAAGGGCAUUCGCUACUGACGAGGGCCACGAACUUCUCAACGAAGGCCUUUCGCUACUAACGAGGGCUACGAACUUCUCAACGAAGGGCAUUCGCUACUGACGAGGGCCACGAACUUCUCAACGAAGGCCUUUCGCUACUAACGAGGGCUACGAACUUCUCAACGAAGGGCAUUCGCUACUGACGAGGGCCACGAACUUCUCAACGAAGGCCUUUCGCUACUAACGAGGGCUACGAACUUCUCAACGAAGGGCAUUCGCUACUGACGAGGGCCACGAACUUCUCAACGAAGGCCUUUCGCUACUAACGAGGGCUACGAACUUCUCAACGAAGGGCAUUCGCUACUGACGAGGGCCACGAACUUCUCAACGAAGGCCUUUCGCUACUAACGAGGGCUACGAACUUCUCAACGAAGGGCAUUCGCUACUGACGAGGGCCACGAACUUCUCAACGAAGGCCUUUCGCUACUAACGAGGGCUACGAACUUCUCAACGAAGGGCAUUCGCCACUAACGAGGGCUACGAACUUCUCAACAAAGGCCCUUCGCCACUAACGAGGGCUACGAACUUCUCAAUUAGUUAUCGCAGGAAGAAAGAUUUUAUUGCGAGUGAUUUUGACAAUGACCUUGUUGAAGAAAUCCCGUUAAGCCUUUAUGAAAUCUUUGAUGAUCCAAACGAUCUAUUAGACUGUUGGUACUCUCACUUUAUGAAAAUUUUGGAUAGGCAUGCACUUUUAAUAAAACGUAGAGUCAGAAAUAAUAAACUGCCGGUGUGGUUUAAUUCUGAAGUACGUUGCUUUAGCCGCAAAAGAGACUUUUUCUUAAAGCAAUUUCUAAAAACCAAAAACUCUGACACAUGGUGUACCUACAAAAAAUGGAGAAAUAGAACUGUUCAUAUUAUUAAAAAGUCAAAAGAGGACUGCUAUAAGAACCUCCUGACUGAUAAUGUACAUAAUCCACGACAAUUAUGGAAAAUUCUAAAAGAUAUCUUGCCGACCAAUGACACUGUCUCCCAAAUAACACUUAACAUUAAUGGCAAGGAGAUCAGUGAUCCUAUCGAGGUUGGCGAUCUCUUUAAUGAAUAGUUCUCUAUUGCAGACAACUUUGAUAUCAGUUUACUAAACAACCCAAUUAAUACUCAUUUACCAAUUGCAACAAAUCAUAUUAAGUUUACAAUUCCACUGAUAACAAUCGAUGACAUACUAAAUCUUGCAGCCGAAUUAGACCAGAACAAGUCAACCGGUCUUGAUGGUAUUUCUGCCUACUUCAUCAAGUCCUCGAUUCAUUCCAUUGCACCCAUAAUACUUCGCAUUUGUAAUAUGAGCAUUGAAAAUGGCGUCUUUCCCAACAUGUGGAAGAAAGCUAGACUGAUUCCAAUCUAUAAAGCUAAAACACGUACUGAGAGAAACAAUUACAGGCCCAUUUCUAUAUUACCGAUUCUAUCUAAACUCCUCGAACGACAUGUUGCCAACUCAUAUGUAAAAUUCCUCACAGAAAAUGAUAUUCUAUCAAGUUGCCAGCAUGGUUUUCGAGCCCAUCACUCUUGUGAAUCUACUCUAAUUAGUCUAAUAUUGAUCUGUGAACACCUUCUCGAUAACAUUGAGCAAGGUUUAAUUAAUGGUAUAGCUCUAACUGACCUCUCCAAAGCGUUUGACCUGGUCGAUCAUAGAUUGCUACUGCAGAAAUUAGAACAAUAUGGCAUUACUCCAAUAGCUUUAAAAUGGUUUAAAUCGUAUCUAAAUGAUCGUUACCAAGUAGUACAAAUUGCAUCAUCCCUAUCCAACCCAGCUCUGAUAAAGUCUGGUGUGCCUCAAGGAUCUAUACUAGGACCAAUUCUCUUUCUUAUCUUUAUUAACGAUUUACCCAGUUACGUUGGAAGUUCUAAGCCUUUUUUAUUUGUCGAUGACUCUACACUAAUAUCCUCCGGAUCGGACCUUCACGAACUUAGUGUCUCUCUAAAGUCAGAUAUGACCUCGGUGUCCCGUUGGACUAACCAUAACAAAAUGUCACUUCUCAACGAAGGGCAUUCGCUACUAACGAGGGCUACGAACUUCUCAACGAAGGCCCUUCGCUAAUAACGAGAGCUACGAACUUCUCAACGAAGGCCCUUCGCCACUAACGAGGGCUACGAACUUCUCAAUUAGUUAUCGCAGGAAGAAAGAUUUUAUUGCGAGUGAUUUUGACAAUGACCUUGUUGAAGAAAUCCCGUUAAGCCUUUAUGAAAUCUUUGAUGAUCCAAACGAUCUAUUAGACUGUUGGUACUCUCACUUUAUGAAAAUUUUGGAUAGGCAUGCACCUUUAAUAAAACGUAGAGUCAGAAAUAAUAAACUGCCGGGGUGAAGUACGUUGCUUUAGCCGCAAAAGAGACUUUUUCUUAAAGCAAUUUCUAAAAACCAAAAACUCUGACACAUGGUGUACCUACAAAAAAUGGAGAAAUAGAACUGUUCAUAUUAUUAAAAAGUCAAAAGAGGACUACUAUAAGAACCUCCUGACUGAUAAUGUACAUAAUCCAUGACAAUUAUGGAAAAUUCUAAAAGAUAUCUUGCCGACCAAUGACACUGUCUCCCAAAUAACACUUAACAUUAAUGGCAAGGAGAUCAGUGAUCCUAUCGAGGUUGGCGAUCUCUUUAAUGAAUACUUCUCCUCUGUUGCAGACAACUUUGAUAUCAGUUUACUAAACAACCCAAUUAAUACUCAUUUACCAAUUGCAACAAAUCAUAUUAAGUUUACAAUUCCACUGAUAACAAUCGAUGACAUACUAAAUCUUGCAGCCGAAUUAGACCAGAACAAGUCAACCGGUCUUGAUGGUAUUCCUGCCUACUUCAUCAAGUCCUCGAAACAUUCCAUUGCACCAAUAAUACUUAGCAUUUGUAAUAUGAGCAUUGAAAAUGGCGUCUUUCCCAACAUGUGGAAGAAAGCUAGACUGAUUCCAAUCUAUAAAGCUGAAACACGUACUGAGAGAAACAAUUACAGGCCCAUUUCUAUAUUACCGAUUCUAUCUAAACUCCUCGAACGACAUGUUGCCAACUCAUAUGUAAAAUUCCUCACAGAAAAUGAUAUUCUAUCAAGUUGCCAGCAUGGUUUUCGAGCCCAUCACUCUUGUGAAUCUACUCUAAUUAGUCUAAUAUUGAUCUGUGAACACCUUCUCGAUAACAUUGAGCAAGGUUUAAUUAAUGGUAUAGCUCUAAUUGACCUCUCCAAAGCGUUUGACCUGGUCGAUCAUAGAUUGCUACUGCAGAAAUUAGAACAAUAUGGCAUUACUCCAAUAGCUUUAAAAUGGUUUAAAUCGUAUCUAAAUGAUCGUUACCAAGUAGUAAAAAUUGCAUCAUCCCUAUCCAACCCAGCUCUGAUAAAGUCUGGUGUGCCUCAAGGAUCUAUACUAGGACCAAUUCUCUUUCUUAUCUUUAUUAACGAUUUACCCAGUUACGUUGGAAGUUCUAAGCCUUUUUUAUUUGUCGAUGACUCUACACUAAUAUCCUCCGGAUCGGACCUUCACGAACUUAGUGUCUCUCUAAAGUCAGAUAUGACCUCGGUGUCCCGUUGGACUAACCAUAACAAAAUGUCACUUCUCAACGAAGGGCAUUCGCUACUAACGAGGGCUACGAACUUCUCAACGAAGGCCCUUCGCUAA